AACAAUGUGUUAAACAUUUGAAUUAUCAAGCCUAAAGAAUUAAGCAAGAAUAUCUAAUUACUUAUAGAUGAAUAGUUUAGUGUAAAUAUUUAUUGUUUAUAAUGUUUACAAUUAAAGCUAAAUUUAAUUAGUUUUUUAAAUUUAAAACCAUUAGUAAUCACAUAUCGUUCUACCAUUCUUCAUGUUACUGUAAUUUGUUCAAGUUCUCAUCAUGACUUGUAAUUGUGUGGAUGCUUCCAUUACUCCAUUGUUUGGCGUACAGACAUUAUUUGCCGCUCAACAUACUUCCGAAUCCUGUGGCACUAAUGGUUUACCAUUAACUCCAAAUUCGAUUACAAUUUUGGGGCGAGCUCAAAGACUGCGUACUUUAAGCCAUUCAAAUUUAACUAUUCAUUUAGACUUCAUUCGCAAACAGCAUGGGCGUAUCAUUUUAAUAUCUCAAUGCUUUAACCACUCUCUGUGGACUGAAUCAAACUGUUGUUCAUUAUUACUGCCAUUGGACAAAAUUUUAUGCUGGAUACAUGAAGUUCUGUUAGCAUUAAGUUAUCUUAAUUCUAAUGGCCUGGUACACAGGUUUUUAACACCAGAAAAUAUAUUGCUAGAUGAGCAAGAUAAUGUUAAAUUAUUUAACUAUGGCCUUUAUUAUAUGACAAACAAUGGUAAAAACAUAAGUUUCCCUAUAGGUAAACUAAAAUACACAGCACCAGAAGUGCUGAUACUUGAUCAUAUACAAAAGAAAUCAGGUCCUAAAACUGAUUCUUGGUCAUUAGGUAUUAUUGUACUGGAAUUAGUUCUUGGAACACAGCUUUGGCCAACUCUUAAACUUAGUCAAAUUAUUCGAAAGAUUUUAUCAUUGACACAUUGUUCAGAUAUUGUUAUAAGAUUGGCCCGUGAAAUGGGUCGCUUAUCAAUGUAUCAAUCUCUGCCUAACGAACUCAAAGAUUUCCUUAGUAAAUGCAUAUGUAUAGAUGUUACUAAAAGAAUGCGGCCAAAAGAACUGUGUACACACCAGGUGUUUUCAUUAUUUGGCAGUUCUAAAAUAUUAAAGAAUAAAUGUUAUUCGUGUAAACAUCCAUUGAGAAAAAUGGAUCUUGCUCAAAUCUACUACUUGUGGAAAUUAGCAGGCGGCGAUGUAGAGUGGGCGUUAAAGAAAAAGGGAUUGAUGCGGAACGAAUCUUCUGUAUUACUUUUACCACGAUUAAUAACUCUCGAAGGAACUUUUUACGGCAUUGCACGUAAUCAAAGUUGUUUAAUGGAUUUGCAAGUAGUAGAGUUAUCUUUAGAUUUGCUCGCAAAUCGAUUGCAGCAUUUGCAAAUUACAGAUUAUGACCCAUUACUUGAAGAAUCAAAAGAGCGUUCUGACGUUACCAAUAAGCUACCAUUAGUUAUUCGAGAAAAAGACACUGAGUACCAAUUCCAUCGAGUAGUGUUGUUUGAUAGACUUUUAUCUGCUUAUCCUCAUGAAUUGGACAGACUACUUACUGAAGCCAAAAAAGAUAUUCCUCCUUAUUAUAGAGGAGAAAUUUGGACGUGUUUGUUGAAUGUGUCUGGUGAUACUGAAAGCACAUAUUUGGCCAUAGACAAAGAAACUGCUGGCGUUACAGACAGACAAAUAGAAGUUGACAUACCAAGGUGUCAUCAGUACAACGAUCUACUCUCAUCUCCUGUUGCCCAUAAAAUGUUAAAGCGCGUUUUGAAAGCUUGGCUUGUUAGUCAUCCUAAGUAUGUUUAUUGGCAGGGGCUAGAUUCGUUGUGUGCUCCAUUUGUGUAUUUAAAUUUUUGUAAAGAGCAUGUAGCAUACGGUUGUCUGACGGCGUUUGUUAAAAAAUAUUUAAAUGAUGUGUUCCUAAGAGAUAAUUCUUCCGUCAUACGGGAAUAUUUGAUCAAACUUUCUCACUUGAUUGCGUUCCACGAUCCAGAGUUGGCCAACCAUUUAGACGACAAUGCUUUCAUACCAGAUCUAUUUGCAAUUCCCUGGUUUCUGACCAUGUUUUCGCACGUUUUCCCCUUGCAUAAGAUAUUCCAUCUCUGGGAUAAACUUUUACUAGGUGAUUCUUCAUAUCCAUUAUUUGUAGGAUUAUCUAUCUUGAGUCAACUGCGCAACACUUUAUUGAACUCUGGCUUCAAUGAGUGCAUACUUUUGUUCUCAGAUUUACCUGAAGUAGAUAUUGAAAAAUGUGUUACAGAAUCAUCAAAGUUUUACGAGGCCACUCCCAGGUCCAUUACUUUUAGAAAACAUGAGUUGAGGAUAGAAACCCAAGAUUUAGACCCGUGUUUAACUUACCAGGUAUUACAAGGUGAAUUUUGCCCACGCAUAAGCGCUUAUGAUUUAUUAGACUUGAAAAGAUCUUGCAACAAGUUCCUGGUGGUAGAUACAAGGUCACAAGAGUGUUACGUAGAAAGGAGUAUACCAGGUAGUUUAAAUAUUUAUAUUACGGAGGAUCAGUUGAAAAAUGAAAAUUUUGAUCUGGAACCCAGUCCCGAGCUUAGUGCGCUGGUGAACAACAAGGGCAGUGUGUUGAUCGUAGUCGACAAAAUCGACAAGUUUGACAAAGUUCAAAAGUUUUGUCGAUUCUUAGUAUCGAAAGAUUAUCCGAAAGUGUGCUGUUUACAUGGUGGUAUUGAGUCCUUGGAAUCAUUUAAUAUAUUGGUACCUGCAAUACCAUUUUGACCAAGACAACAACAUUUUUAAUUUAGUUGUUAAAAAAUUUAAGCUUAUAUUGUUAUUAUUAUUUUUAUUGAUAUUUAAUAUAUUUUUUGUACUAACUUUACUAAUGCACAAAAAACUUGUUAUAAUCUAUUUAAGUAUGAUUUAUUUUGUUUAUAUCAUUAUUUAAAAAAAUCCUAA